AUGAAGAGCAACAAACGUGAAGAGUAUCAUCAAAGGGUGUUUAGUUGCUUUGACAAGACCCAACAAGGGAAGGUUUCUGUUUCCGCCAUCGAGAGAUGUGUGGAUGCUAUUAAGUCCGGGGAAAAGGCCGUACCAGAAGAAGACACGACCGAUUCACCACACACUGAUAAAUCCUUGGAACUCGAGGAAUUCGUGAAGCUGGUGGAACAAGGAGCAGAGGAAGACAAGGAGAGGGACUUGAAGCAGGCUUUCAACAUGAUGUUUGAAGAGAGUCUACAAGGCAUUACUCCUAAAAGUUUGAAGAGGAUGCUAAGUUUGUUGGGUGAGUCUAAAAGCCUUGAAGAAUGCGAGGUUAUGAUCUCGCAAUUCGAUAUUAAUAGGGAUGGAAUUAUUAGUUUCGAUGAGUUUAGGGUCAUGAUGCAAUAAUAUAUAUAUAUAUAUAUAUAACUUAGCA